AGUCAUUCUUUUAAAAAUUGUCGCAGCGAGCAGAGCUCUUGAAAAAGUAGAAAAUCAGAAAUAAAAAAUUUUAAUUCCUCUCUCUCAUUGAGUCGUUGUGUUCCGUGUCGAGCAACAAAAAAAAAAAAAAAAGUGAAAGAAAAUACAGAAAAAGUGAAAAUCUAAACUAGAAAAACCUGAGAUAAUUAUUUCGCCUUUUCGCAUUUAGUAAACGUGCACGUGUCCUUCCUUACAAUCCGAUCCUUUUAGCCACAAUCACAUAACGACAUAUAUAUAUAUAUCGAAAUAGAAAACUUACUAGAAUUGCAGCAAUAAUGGUUACCGAUUUCAAGAUGAAUAAGCCACAAACCAAAGAGGUCCAGUGUCAGCAUUCGGCCCGUGAAGAAACCAAACAGGAGGCUGGAACAAUGGCUUCAUUUUCUCCAUUACCCAUGACGUCAACAUCGAUGCCAGCGACUCCGAAAAGCUCACGUGUUGGCAUUUUCAAUGCCGAGGACUUUCUGUCACGUGCCCAGAUGAACGAUAAGAUUAACAAUAUCCUUCGCUCACCCACCAAAACGCCAAAUGGUGUGCGCCAGCGUUCCGUCUAUACCAACAAUAAUCCAUCUCCGACAACCACCAUGCGGGUCGUGCCUUCGAUGUCCCCACAAUUGGGAAUAGAUGGACGCAUGAGCAGCGUUUCUUUGAGCACUGGCAGUGCAAGCGCCCUUGAGCGGAGCAGCACUAGCAGCUUGAGCAACCUUAAUAGCGCCAGUGUGGGCACAAACACUGCAGUUCUGGCCAAAGAGUGCUCCAGCCAGACCUCGAAUGGGGGUCGUCAGUUUCUAUCGAUGGGCAUGCCUCUAACAGCGCAUUCGCAUACUCAAUUUGGGACGACUGGCAACUUUGAUGCCGUGGCAAUCCCCUUGGAAAUGGAUGCUGGUUCCAUGACACGCAGUGCCAAGGCAAUGGCCACUCGCUAUAGUAAUACAGCCUUUGGCUAUGAGAAUGAGCCUGCAGCUGGUUAUUGUCUGCAAUCAUCCCAUCAUACUCAACAGUUCCCGGCACCAAUGCCGCCACCACCUUAUGCCUUGGGUCGUGUUAGUUCACGUACCUUUGAGUUUGAGAAUAAUACACCACCACCGUGUCCUGGCUCGGGACCAAUUGCCAUGUCUAAUGGCACCAUUCAGUUGCGUCUCAGGGAUGGAGUGCGCAUUGAUAUGACUCUGGACAAGGCGGUGCGAGUCUUGAAUCAGCGUAGCAUGGUGGCUGUGGCACUAUCUCGCAAUUGCAGCAAUUCGGCAUUAAUUCAUCCAAAUGGACGUAUUUUGCAGAGCGGUUCCAAAGUUGAAAUUGUCACCUAUGACGGCAUGAAGGCCAAUAAUUUUGUACGCUAUGCGAAAAUGUGGUAUAAAGGUGUUAGCUUUACUAGCGAAUCGUGCGCUCUAAUUUAUCUAGUGGAUACAGCUGGCACACGCACAACAACCGACACAUUCACUGAUCUGACCAAGGACUACACUUUGGCAGUCUUUUACGACGACUCGCGCCACGGUCCAUCAUUUGUACACGAUGCCCAUGAGGUAAUUUCAAGCUCAUCGUACAGUUGCGCCGAAGAUGGCACCGAGGUGUAUGACAUCAAUGGCUUUCGCAUCACCCAGGCUCCCGAUGGUUUGGUAAAGGUGACACGUCAGCAUAACAAAUGCCUGAUUCGCACUAGUCCAGGCAAUGGUUCGGCCACCCUAACCACUCCGGGGAUUCAUUGUACCGCCUCGCUGGGCAAGACAUCGCAUCUGUUUGUGCGUCGCAAUGAGAAACGGAUGCAUUUCGAUGGCUCUUGUUUCAUUGUACGCAAUGCUGGCCAUUCGGCCGGAUUCAAUGAGAACAAUCUCUUGAUUGUCUAUUAAUCAUUAAUGCGCAAACAGCCAGAAGUCGGGGGGAAAAGUGCCAAAAAAAAAAAAGAAGAAAACCCUAAAAAAAGCAACCUAGCCCCACCCCCAACCCAAAAAUAACCCGUUUCUUAUGCUCACCCACUCACACACACACAAACAUAGAUACACACAAAUCCACAAAAAUACUCACAUUUUUACACCCCCUAUGGACCGUAGCGCGGAGAGGGAUCAGUAAAGGGAAAUUUUAAGGAUAAAUUAAAAAAGAAGAAAGAACAAUCUUCAAAAAAAUUGGAAAAAAAAAAAUGAUAUAUAUAUGAGAGACAGCUAAUUUUGGAAGGCUCGAUAGAACAAGGCGCGAGCAAAUGCAAAGGUGAUUAUAAAUAUCAAAUACUUUUGGUUUGCUCGACGUAGGCGAGAAUACAACUCUUAAGGAAUUAGUUUUUAGUUUAUCUUUUCUUUAUUUUAUCAACAAAAAAAGUAUAAACAAAGAGAACACACCAACAAAAACACACUAAAAAAAACACAUUCACACUCAACUCGCAAUUAACUCGUAGUGAAUAGUAAAUAAGUCCGGGCUGAACCAAAAUUGGCCCACUGAGCUGCCUACUGACAAAAGACAAAAAAAGAAGAAAAAUAAGAAAAAGAAUUAAAAAAAAAGAAUUUCAAAAAAUAACGCUUGGAAAAUAUCUCGCAUCCUUUGAUAGAGCUAAAAACCAAACGGUGGUGCCAGCGUUUAAUGUUUUCAAACCUAAAACAAAAAAGCCAAAAAAAAAGAGUUCUUAUAUUCUAAAUUUUAUUUGCUACAAAAAAAAAAAAAAAACAUCCGUAAUUUCGAUUCAAAAUUAAGCACUAAAGUGUUAACAAAAAAAAAAGCUUUACAACAACCAUCAAAAAAAUGUAAGGAAAUAUAGUCGAUUUUUCCGGGUGGCGAUGAA